GACCAGACGACGUGUACUUCCGGGUCACCUAUAGCGCAUUUCCGCCUGUUUGUUCGUGCCAAACAGACGACGGAGACUUUCUCUCGAUCUCAUCUUCCAUUUGAGACGCCAGUUCCCGUUCUGAGCUGUUUUCAUCGCAGAUAACUGUCAGAUACAGUAGCGACUUGAUGGCGACAACGAAGAGCAGCCGUGAUGGCGUUAGCAGAGGUUCGGUUGGGGGGUUUGCCAACACUCUUCAUAGGUGUGAGGAGUGCAGCAAGCAGUUCAGCACACGGAGUAAACUUAAGAUCCACAUACGGACUCACACAGGGGAGAAACCCUACAGGUGUGAGAAGUGUAGCAAGCAGUUCAGUGAUCUGGGUAAUCUGAAGAAGCACAUGCGAACUCACACUGGUGAGAAACCCCACAAGUGUGAGGAGUGUAGCAGGCAGUUCAGUGAGCUUGGUAAUCUGAAGAAGCACAUGCGAACUCACACCGGUGAGAAACCCUACAAGUGUGAGGAGUGCAGCUGGCAGUUCAAUGAGCUUUCUCACCUGAAGAAACACGUGCGGACUCACACAGGGGAGAAACCCUACGCGUGUAAGGAAUGCGGUAGGAAGUUCAGUUUGCAGGGUAAUCUGAAGACUCAUAUGCGAACUCACACAGGGGAGAAGUCCCACAGGUGUGAGGAGUGCAGCAGGCAGUUCAGUGAUCUGGGUAAUCUGAAGACCCACAUGCGUACUCACACAGGGGAGAAACCCUACAAAUGUGAUGAGUGCAGCAAACGGUUUAGUCAGAUGGGUAUACUGAAAGUCCACAUGCGGACUCAUGGAGGGGAGAAACCCUACAGGUGUGAUGAGUGUAGCAGGCAGUUCAGUGACCUGGUUCAUCUAAAGAAACACAUGCGUACUCACACUGGGGAGAAACCCUACAGGUGUGAGGAGUGCAGCAGGCAGUUCAAAAAUAAUGCAUAG